AUUUAUUUACUUUCCCUCACCGUACCUAAAUAACUGUACACAAAAUAGCCCUCAAGAAACCCUAGCCACCUUCCUCUUAUAUGCCACUUACAUUCAAAGAACUGAAAGAGAGUGAGGGAGAAAGUGUUUGCAAAAAUGGUGUCCGGAUCGGGGAUCUGCGCGAAGAAGGUGGUGGUGGAUGCGCGGCACCACAUGUUGGGGCGGCUUGCGUCGGUGGUGGCGAAGGAGUUGCUUAACGGACAAAAAGUGGUGGUGGUGAGGUGCGAGGAGAUAUGCAUGUCCGGUGGAUUGGUAAGGCAGAAGAUGAAAUACAUGAGAUUUCUUCGCAAACGCAUGAACACUAAGCCCUCUCAUGGACCCAUUCACUUUCGCAAUCCUGCUAAGAUCUUCUGGCGUACUGUCCGUGGAAUGAUUCCACACAAGACUAAGCGAGGGGAAGCUGCACUUGCACGAUUGAAGGCCUAUGAGGGUGUCCCACCUCCAUAUGACAAAACGAAAAGGAUGGUUAUCCCUGAUGCUCUCAAGGUCUUGAGACUUCAGAAGGGACACAAGUAUUGCCUGUUGGGCCGCCUGUCAUCUGAGGUUGGAUGGAACCACUAUGACACCAUCAGGGAGUUGGAGAAGAAGAGAAAGGAAAGGUCUCAAAUCUUGUAUGAGAGGAAGAAGCAAUUGAACAAACUUAGGUUGAAGGCUGAGAGAGUUGCAGAGGAGAAGCUUGGCUCUCAACUGGAAGUUCUGGCUCCUGUUAAGUAUUGAAGUUGUAGGGACUUUAGCUAGAGCUGCUCACAAUUUUGUUCAGGAUUAUCUCUUAAUGGAAAUUUUACUGUCUUACCUGUGUUAAAAAAGUUAGAAGUUGAAUAUCAAACGGACCUUUAUGGUUAUGUAGUGUGCCCACUUGUUAUUGAGUUUUUGAAUUGAGUUGGACGUCAGACUUGUCAAUGCUUAUGCUUCUUUUGAUGUUAAGAGAGUUUCUUCAAGGUUGUGUUUUCUUGCUGUUAAUUAUGGCGACUUCACAUUUCGUUUUCAA